GAUUCCCCCCUGCUCCAUCAUCACCAGUUGGCCUUGGCAAUCGCAGUGUACCCAGAGUGACCUUCUCCCCACGUCACGUUAUUGACUAGGCCCAUGCAGGCCAGCUGUGUUAUAACCUGCGCAAAUGUAGCAACCUUUUUUCGGUCGAACAAAUGAAUCGAGUGAAACAUUCAGUGACACCAUCAAAUGCAUUUUCCCAGCUAAGUCAGCGCCCUUACUCUGUCGUUAGACAAUCCUUGGCGGCCUUUGCGUGGGACUGGAUCGAGUCGUUGAAGCAGGCAGCGCAGCCCCAGCAGGUACCCCUGAAGUGGAACGCGCACAUGGAGAACCGGCCCGACGAUCCAUUGCGGGCCGACGGCCCGCGACCACCCAAGCGGCGCAGGGCGCAGGUCGACGUUAACCCCGCAUGCAGCCCCGUGGCCACCUCGCAGGACUUCUGGCGGCCCGUCUCUUCCGCGCACGACCCCGCCGCGCUACCCAUCCUCGAGCCCUCCGCCCACCCCUCGCAACCGCCCUCCAGCCCUCCAUCCGCGUGCGUCUCUCCGCUAUUCCCCCCCUCCGCGCAACGACCCCUCGCCCAAACAGUCACGCCGGCCCAAAUACCACCGCCAACCUGCGCCGAUUUCCCCGCAGCACAUACUCCCCCCAACCCCCAAGCGCGGAGGCGCAGCGCAUUGGCCCGCGGGGAGCGGAGCGACGCGGGGACGGAGGUGCUGCUGCAGGGGCUGCUGAGCGCGACGCCCGCGAGCCGGCGGCUGGCGGCGCUGGGGCUGGUGCUGCUGCUGCUGAACGGCGGGGGCGACGGCGCGGACAAGGUGCAAAGAGUACCAGCGUCCGAGCACGAUCCAUGGUGGACCUCGUCGCGCGAGGGUCCCUCGUCGCCGUGCAGCAGCGUGGGCAGCUGCGAUUCGUCCGCAGGCGACGACGACGCCGACACGGCGUGUACGACAGGGACGGGCGCCGCCGAGCCCUGGUCGUCGCACGGUUGCGCGCUGAGCGCCCCUCCCGCUGGCGCCCUCGCAGCUGAUCCGGUUUUGGUCGGUCUGAAGCGGCGCAGAGAAAACAGGUUCGCGUCGAUGGCGACUGCGCAGGACACGUGGCAGUCGGCGCAGGAGGCGGCGGCGGAAGAGCCGGAGCAGGAGCAGGUGGCGGGGAGCGGGGCGGGGGAGGAGGCGCAGGGCGGGCAGACGGAGGAGUUUUGGCAGCAGCAGCGGCAGCAGCUGGUGGACGCGAUCCAGACGCUGCUGGGGGGAUGCGCGCAGCUGCAGCGCGCGUAGGAAAGGGCGAAGCGCUGGCUGGGAGGGAUCCAUCAGGGGUAACACCUGUGAUGCGGUGGGAAAGCGGAUGGUGGGAAGGAGGUGGUAGGCAGGAUCAGUCGAGGCACACGGUGGUAGGGUGUCGCUGGCGUGGCUCGCCCGCAGUCAACUCUCGUUGCCAGUGGGCAGUUGUGCUCAAUCGUGAUCUUACCGCUUCUCACUCUGGCCGACUCAAGGACAAUCAGCGUGCUCCCAUUACCAACACUAACGCCUAUUCAUAAUUUAGGAUUGACUUGGACUUGCGUAGUCCGUUGAAGCACAUGACCCUUCUGAUUUUUGAGAGUCCUGUCGACUUUAGGAUGCCCAUUUUACCUUUAGGUUUGUAAUUUAUUCAUGGGAUGGUAUACAAAACAAGAGUCGACA